CUAAUGUUGAGCUAAUCGCGAACAAAAUCGGUUUGGUUUUCGGAAGUGGGAGUAAUGGUGUUCCCACAAAAAAAGAGGAAAAAAUUAGAAUAUUUGCGUCCGCUGUAACGCAGCCAAUUGUGCAAAGCCCUAAAAGUGUUAAAAAGCCGCGUUUCAUCAGCAGGCUGCAAUCGAAAAACCUCCAAAAAAAUCGAGGGCAACGCGAAAUUAAAUCAAAAACUGCUUCGCAGCAACAACAACAAAUCGCUUCGUUUGCCAAGGUGUUAAUGCUUAUUUAUUUAUAAAACAUGCCCCGCAUGACUAAUGAAACGGGCUGGCGUUAUUAAAAUCGAUUAAUGCCGAAAUACGCGCAAAACUAUAACCAGAAAGAAAAAAUUCCCCAAGCCACACGAUUUCCGUGGUGGCGCCUGGGGCCCAGCAACAGCAACAACAACACAAAUUAGGAUAACAGAAGAGUAACCACAACAACAACAACGAUAGCAAUUCAUCAUCGCUAAUUGUCAACAAAAGGCAUAUUUAUUAACGUUAAAUAAGCACUAAAAAUAAGCAGGCAAGCAAGUAAUUAUGCUUGACCCUGGUCCAACAAUAGCACCAUCUCAGAUUCCAGCGAACGAGGAAGGGAGACGCAGCUAAACCGCACUGGGAGGUAAGUUUAUAAUGAGUGAGUCUGACUGCCCGGAGAUUCCAAGAUUUCGGAUGGACAACGAGACUCGGCGACGCAACGAUGACGAUGCGUCGUUGCCUAGGGUUUUUGUUUUGUUGUUUUUUUUUUUCUGUUAUUUUAUUAACACACAUUUACGUCUGCUUAAGCAACCGACGAGCGCACAUUUCCAAACUCCACGGCCGGACAUUGCACCACCAGUUAGCCCAAGUCAAGUGGAGGUUUCAUUAACGCCACCUAACCUCCACGUCGAUGUGGCGUUCCUCGUAUCACUGGCUUGGACUGCAAUAAUGCUCGAUUUCUGAACAAAUUUCCAUCGCAUUCGUUGUCGGAAUCGCAAGCGUGAGGGAUCGUUAUCAUAAUACUCACAAAUUGAAGACGAGAAGCGGAGUCCAGACUGAAACUGAGACCUAGACUGACUGAGAUUUGAGAGAUUUUGCAAGUGCCACCAUGGCGGCUAUGGCCAAUCUUCACAACACGCGCAUGCUACGCUUCUUUUUAGUCCUAAUCGUGGUGAUCCUAACCAUUUUCAUCUACGCCUCGUACUCAACGACUAGCACCCUCACAGCGAACCAUGUGCACCCUGCGGCAUCACCGCCACAGCAGCUGAUUGGCAGUCAUCCUGGGCGACAGCCCAUGGACCAAGUGCCGCCAGUCAAUAGCACGGAUAAGGAGUACAAUUCGCCACCUGGUGAAAGUUCGUCUAAGCAGCAAAGCGUAUCCAGCAGACACUCGCAACAAUUACCGCCGCAACAGGCAGAGAUACACAAGAGGCAUCCGCAGCACCGCCUGCCCACCAUCGACGAGGAUGCUCUGCUCGACGGUGGCUCCGCGGGCGCCAGUCCCCAGGUUGGUGGCCCUGACCAAACGCCCAAUGUUAUGGCGGAUGAGCUGCUGGAGGAGCAGCAGUAUGGUCAGAGUGUUGAUGGCAUCACAGGCAACAUCAACAGUAGCACCAACAACAACAGCUCUGCCGACACGUUGGCUGUUAAACAAUCGAUUCCCGCCCAGUCACCACAACAACAACUGCCCCAGUCACAGUCGCAGGUGCAGCCAGGCCUUUCCGAUGCCGACCUCCUCAUACCCACUUCCAAUUUGCAAAAGUUUAUUGAGAACGCCGAUAGGAUACUGAAGAACAUCACUUCGAACAGUAGCACGGGCAAUCCAUCGGAUAUGGCACAACUCAACGCAGUGGACGGUAAACUGGAAGUCUCGGGCGUUGAGUCCGAAAAGCAGGAACCGGAAUCCAAGGUGAUACAGGAAAUUAAGGAGGCCAAGAAAGAGGCGGCAGUCCCUCUGCCAAAAUCCGCAAAACCACCAGUGCCACCUGUGAAAACGACGAAGAGCAAGGUGCCAAGUGCUCCUGUAGAUCCCUCCAAGGGAGUGGCCACCGAGACACUCUACGAGCCAGGCCACGUGGAUGAGGAGAUCGAUGCGGAGCGCAUAUGUCCGAAAGGCGGAGAGUUUAUUAAGCUCCUGGUUCUUAUUAGCUCAGCGAUGUCUCACGAUGCAGCCCGCAUGUCCAUCCGGCAGACUUGGAUGCAUUACGGGACGAGAAGGGACGUGGGCAUGGCAUUUGUCCUAGGACGUGGCACCAAUGAAACCAUAAACAAAGCGCUUACCCAGGAGAACUUCAUCUAUGGAGAUCUGAUACGGGGAAACUUCAUAGACUCGUACAACAACCUCACGCUCAAGACAAUAUCGACGCUGGAAUGGGCAGAUGUGCAUUGCCCGAAGGCAAAGUACAUUCUCAAGACGGACGACGACAUGUUCAUCAAUGUGCCCAAGCUGCUGACCUUCCUGGACAAGCACAAGGACAAGCGUACCAUAUACGGUCGUUUGGCCAAGAAGUGGAAACCGAUUCGCAAUAAGAAAUCCAAAUACUAUGUGUCCGUCGAUCAGUUCGCGGCGGGAGUAUUCCCGUCCUUCACCACUGGACCCGCCUACGUACUCACCGGAGACAUUGUGCACGAACUCUACGUGCGAUCUCUGAAGACCGUUUAUCUGAAGCUGGAGGACGUGUUCACCACGGGCAUAGUAGCCAAGAGCCUUAAUGUUAAGCGGGUGCAGGCGAACGAGUUCGUUAACCGACGCAUCUCAUUUAACCCGUGCAACAUCCGCAACGCAAUCAGCGUGCACAUGAUCAAGUCGAACGAACAAUUCGAUUUGUGGAAAAAGCUGCUGGAUCAGACCACCAAGUGUAAAUAGUAUUUUAAGUUUAGGGUGUAGUUUUUCCGGUAUGAAGAACACAGUGUGGUCUUUCGAGAAAAAAGGGGCGAACAUAUAUGUAAUAUGGUAGGAGUAGAGAAUGAUUAGCAAAGGCAGCUAUAUAGGAUUAUAAAAUUAGACUAGUCUCUAAGUCCUAGAAAUAUCACAAAUUCUGUUGUCGAUCUCUGCAUCCGCCUAUAUGCAUGCGAUCCAACAACGAUUCGAGUACAUUUUAAAACAUCUGUAGUUUAAUUUUAGCAUUCUGAAUGCCAUUAUUUAAAUGAUAAUUACUGAGCGAUAACUGUGGUUAUAUAUUAACACUAAAUACAUUAAUGUAUAUUGAAAG